AUGGCACUGAACACAUUAGCGGACGUGUUUGCAUUUAUAGAUAUCUCUGGUAAAGAAUACAAACCGUAUUACAAACUUAUUGAGGAAAAAAGGGCCUUACCUAGAUAUGUGUACAAAUGUUUAAAGGAUGAAUACAUUUGUGAUAAUGUGAAAGAUAAACUUGCUUGUUAUCCCUUACAGUCAGACUGCGAAGCAAUCUAUGAAAAUGGACCACGAACAGAUGGUAUGUACAUGAUCUCGCCUGACGGAAGAUGUCCUUUUCUUGUUUACUGUCACAUGAAGAAUGGUGGCUGGACCGUGAUACAACGGCGUGUUGACGGACGUGUCAGCUUCUACAGACCAUGGGAUGGUUACGUCUCUGGGUUUGGUGAUCUUGACGGGUCGUUUUGGCUUGGCUUAGAGAAAAUCCAUCGCCUAACAAGAGACGGAAGUCAAAUCUAUUUUGAUAUGGAAAACUAUGACGGUUCAAGAGAUUAUGCCCAUUACAACGUGUUUACCGUUUACGAAGCAGCGACAGCAUACAGAAUGAAUGUUGAUACCUUUGGAUACAGGGGUUCUAUCAUAGAGCUCCUAAGUUACCAUGACAACCAGAAAUUUUCUACCUAUGAUAGAGACAAUAAUGCUUCUUCAUCGAACUGUUGUAAAGACCGUGACGGAGGUGGAUGGUGGUAUAAGGAUUGCUACAAGCUUGGAAACUUUAACGGAGUUUACGGGAAAAGGGAGCUUGGAGGUAUUGGUUACGGUGACGGUGGUCAUUUACAGAUUAAGAAUGUUGAAAUAAAGAUUAAGGCGAUGUACGGUGUUUGUUAAUCACAGGUCAUUUUAUUGUUGUAAAUCCUAUCAACAGUUUUAUUGCACUCCAUGUAUGUAUUUAAUGUGGGGGCAAUUCUUAUUCAGAUUUUGUCCAUACAUAAGUAUAAUCAUUGCAACAAAAGCAACGAUUAAUUCUUAAGCAAGUAAUUUAAUUCAUUCUUUUUUCGCUUUGCUGUCCAUUUUUUAUAUUACUUCUGUGACAUUUACUAUAAAAGACAUAAUUAUAUAUAAAGAUUGUGUAAAAUGUUUUCACUUUUUAGCUGAUUUAUCAAGAAACUUGCAAGUAUACUGUUGAAUAAAUAAAUUUAUUCUUUUUA